UUCCCGUAUAUCGGCGAUCCGACUCGUGCGGCGGAAAAUGGGCAGCGGCGCUGGCUCUGGUCUCUCUGUCUGUCUGUCUGCUGCAAUCUCUAACAAUGGCAUCCAAAUCCAACACACUGCAAUGACCAGGGCUGGUUUUCCUCUCUUUUUCUGGUUUUAACCAAAACAAAUCCCUGCACAGCGAGGAGAGUCCGAUCCGUAAAACCCAAGUUUUUAUCAGAGCACCAGAGAGAGAGGGUCAGCCCUCUCUAUCCCACAAAGGGGGAAAAACAGAACACAGCAUCGCGGAAUGUCGUCUGGCUGAAAUUUUCAUAAUUCGGGAGUUCUGUAUGGCCUUUAAGCAGUAAAUAAAGAAAGGGACCUAAUGCGAGGAGAGAUGUAUCCCACUCCUCCUCCUCCUCCUCACCACCACCUCUCCGACUCCAACAGGCGAAUUAUCGAUAGCAAUGGGCCAUCGAUCCGAGUUUAUCAAGUUUGGAAAGGAAGCAAUAGAUUCUUUCUCGGAGGCAGAUUUAUAUUUGGUCCAGAUGUCAGGUCGCUUUUCCUUACAUUGUCUCUAAUCGUAGUUCCAGUGGUCUUGUUUUGUGCUUUUGUUUCUCAAGGGCUUGUCAAUGAAUUCCCACACCAUCUAGGCCGUCUUAUUGUAGCUACAGCUGCUGUCUCCACUACAUGCAUUGUAAUUCUUCUCUUUCUCGUUUCUGGAAGGGAUCCUGGAAUUAUUCCUCGAAAUCAACAUCCUCCAGAACCAGAUGAUGAAGGUGAUACCUCUAGUAUUUCCACAGACUGGGCAGGAAGUCAAUGUGGUGUGCCAAGUUUACCACCUACGAAAAAUGUUACUGUGAAUGGGAUAGUUCUCAAGGUCAAAUAUUGCCAAACAUGCAUGCUCUAUCGCCCACCAAGAUGCUCACAUUGCUCAAUAUGUAAUAACUGUGUUGAGCGGUUUGAUCACCAUUGCCCAUGGGUGGGGCAAUGUAUUGGAAAGAGGAAUUACCGAUACUUCUUCAUGUUUGUGUUCUCAACAACCCUCCUCUGCCUGUAUGUUUUUGCCUUCUGCUGCGUAAACAUAAUGAAGAUUAUGGAGGCAUACCAUUGUAAUAUCUGGAUGGCCCUCAUGAAGUCCCCUGUUUCAGGAAUUCUUUUACUGUAUACAUUCGUGGUUUCGUGGUUUGUUGGAGGUCUCACUGCAUUUCAUAUUUACUUGGUUAUCACAAACCAGACAACGUACGAAAAUUUCCGAUAUCGGUAUGAUAGGAAGAUGAAUCCUUAUAACCUUGGAUGUGCUCGCAAUAUUAGGGAGAUCUUCUUCUCUAAGAUACCCAGUUCUAUGAAUGACUUUCGGGAAAAGUUGAGAGGUGACUCAUCUUCUAUCUUCAACACUUCGUCGUAUCUGGGCCGGCCAAUGAGCCCAGAAAUGCCCAAAACGAGCUUUGACGUAGAGAUGGGGAAACGGCGGGCUGUUGAUGCGGAUGACUUUGAAGAAAUACAGAACCAGAUUGAGAGCAUUGGUGGCUUAGAGAGAUGUGGCACCCAGCCAAGGCAUAGCAAUUCAAAUGAAAAAGCCAACUGGGAGAUCACACGUGAUAUACAAAUGUUGGCUGCUGAGUUCGGAAUGGAACAUGGGAUAGGAGAUAGAAAUAAGAUUCAUGGUGGCCAUUGAAGUUGUGGUCUUUAAGGCCUGUAGUUGAAUUGGGAAAAUAUUAUGUUUCAUUGUGGAGGCCAAAAAAAAAGAUGCACUAGCUCUCGGGUGACAUAAAAUGGUUGAUGACAUUGCCUGUCCUAGAACAAGAUUGCCAUGUGAAAGUGUGUUUGGAUCCCACUUUUUAAGAAGGGAACUGGUAUUUAGGUGACUUAUGAAGGGGUACCUACUCAAUGACUGCUUUGAUCAUUACCUUUUGGGAUGAAUGGCGCAUGUUUGUUUUGUGUUUCUGGAGCAUUGAUAAGUCGGUUGUUCCAUACUGUGUCAAUCCAUCGAAAAUCAGGAGCUCCAAUUUCUAUGUUCCAAUCUAUUCAUGAUGUUAGAAUACUUGGUUUAGUAAGGAUUUUAUUUUCUGUUUACCCACAGGAUCUGUUGGCCUGAGCUGAUCAUCUGAGAAAUUUUAAAUUGAUGGUGAUACAAAAUUGGAUAGUUUUCUGAAAGAUGAUUAGACAGGUCUGAUGACUGGUGCUUAUUGCACCACUAAUUUAGAUAUCAUUUUUCGAUUAAUUGUUUUCCUUUCAUUUAACAGCAGGCAGGCAAAUUAUAUCUGAGUAAAAGUUGAUACCCUCGAGCAAAAGUAGCAAGAAAAACGAGUGCAAAGCGGUUGAGGUGACGAUCAGGAUCAUAUCUUUGCGUGUGCGUUUUUGUGUGUGUUGGUGCAGUGCAGGUGGUCAGACAGACCCUUGGAUCUGCUGGGCCUGGGAUAUGUGGAUAAUAGUUUGGAAAUGAAUCCUUGUUGCUCCCAACAUGACAUAAUACGAUGCAAGAACCAAAUAACCUGCGUAUGUCAAACUGUAAGGAAGUGGUUCCUUUUCCUAAUGCACUUGACCACUGAGGAUUGGCUGGAUCAUUGUUUUUAUUUUUUAAGGCGUAUAGAUUGUGAAGUACUGGUUUGAUUUAUCUAUGCUUGUUGCCCAAGCACCAAUAUUUAAGGCCGCAUGAUCAUUGUGUUUGUUGUGCCCAAUAUGUAGAGUGG